CUCGUGAAACGCCGAAACGUCUUUAGCUCGUAAUUUACGAAUAAAAAGUAAUAUUAUACCUUGGCGUCGCCAUUUUCUCUUACUAAUUGAAGUUAUUUUACAAAUUUAAGCGUGAUAUUCGUCUUGUGGUCCAUAUUUUGAGUGUUGAAAAUCCUUAUUGUUGCCAUUAAACAUCUAAUCUACAAUGUCUGAUGAGGAGGUUACUGUGGAGACCUCUGAUGGACAGAUCCUGUCUGCAGAGUAUAAAGAUGGUCAGUUACAAAUAGUCGAGGUUACGCCAUUCGACAAAGAUCGGGUAAAUCUACAGGGUAGCAUUCUGCCUGAUCUGACGGAUGGAGAGGAUCACGAAUCCAAGUACAUGCAAGUGCUGGACCCUAGCGGGAAGGGGCUGGUGCACUUAGACUUGCUGAAUCUGACCCUGGUCAGAUGUCAAGAUGGCGAGGAGGGUUACCAGUUGGUGGCGAACGCGGCGCCCUCUGACGGGGAGAUGUCUUCAGACGCGACCGUCACCUGUGUGUUGCAGACUAGCGAUACGGAAGAUUCAGAGAACCAAGAGUCCUAUGUGGUGGUGGAGAAUGAGGAUGGCCAGAACUCUUUAGUUAUACUCAAAUCUGCAUUACAACAGACCACCACUACACAGAAGAAAAUCGAACCUAAAAAACCGUUGACACCGACUGAGAUAUUAGAAAGGGCGAAAUCUUUACAAAAAGCCAAAGCCCUCCUAGCGUCUUCCCGCAGUAGAGGUCGCGGCCGCAAGCGUAAGAGUGACCUGCCUCCCCCCCACGAGCUGCUCGCAUCCCCCAACUUCAAGCUGUACCUCUACUCCUGCAAGCUCUGCAGCUUCAAAUGCAAUGCUGUUAAGGAUAUGUCUGCGCAUAAGGCCCGUGAGCAUACAGUAGGCGGGACGCGGGGUCGCGCGGGGUCAGGACGUGGCGCCGCAGUUACUCUACAGUGUGCGCGGUGCCCUUACAGAGCUUCUACACAUUCACAGCUAAUGAAGCAUGUACAAGACAAACAUUUAGAGAACCAUCCUGUACACUUAAAUACGGAGGAGGUGGAGGCGGCGGAUGUCCUAGUCUGUGGUGCGUGCGGGUUCGAAUCCGGUUCGAGGUCUGUGUUCCGGAAACACAUUGAAGAGGAACACGGCGCCACUACGUGUUGAAGAUACAUCAUCAUAUUAAAAGAGUCAAAAUCAUCGAAUGUUUUAGGUUUUAGUCCGAGCUAGUUGCAAUGUUGUAUUAAAUCUAGGUUCUCAUCUAGGCUACCUACGAAUGCCUAUUAAGUCCUACGUCUAAGGGUCUUAAGUUAAAUAGUAUAUAAAUUACCAUCUUCUGUUACCCCAUAAAUCCAUAUAAACAUUGUCAAAAUGUGAUCUGAAGAGCUUUUACACGGCAAAGGUUUUCAAAUAAACUUUCUUGUCACUCAAAAUUACUGAAUAACUGAAUCGAUUUUAAUUCAACUCUGUACUCAUACACAAUAUAAUAUGUCUUUAUGAAAUUGCCGUUUUGCAUGAAAAAAUUUUAACGAAUUUUUUUGUUUUGAAAUGCGAUGAAAAUGUAACACUAAUCAAUAAACAAAUGACUAGUUUUGGAAAAAGAAUCCCAUGUCUUUAAAACAAAAUUAAUUAGCCUUAGCCUAACAAAAACUAUUUUGAUUUGAAAUGGCCAGUACUGCAGAACGGCAAUUUCAUAGGUAAAGACCUAUUAUUAAGGGUCUAAAAUUUUAACACUUUCGUAAAAUUUUUCUUUCUUCUUCUCUUCUGGUUUUGCAAGUGUCCAUGGGCGGAUUGCUUACCAUCAGGUAAUCAAUCAGUCGGCUGUUUUGCCCCAAAAAAAUGAAUGCCUCUGCCGCGGAAACGCUCAGAAUCAACAUUUUUUGGAUCGCAAUUGCUAAUUAAUUUCGCUUAUUAGUUGUUACAAAUUAAUUAACUUUAAGUUCGAAGUUUCAGAGCGGAAAAUAAACUAUUCAUUUAGUUUUUCUACUAGAAAUAGUUGUAAGUUCAAAUAGAAGCACGGUAUUGUUUGCAUUUGUUCCUAGAUUUUAUUUUGAAAAUAUUAUAACAGUGUUUGUUUGU